UCUGGAGGUAGAGGAUGAUGACAGUGUCCCUGUGUCUGGAGGUAGAGGAUGGUGACAGUCUCCCUGUGUCUGGAGGUAGAGGAUGGUGACAGUCUCCUUGUCUGGGGAGAGAGGUGUGGGAAGAUCACUGACAGCAUGGAUGAAAUUCUUGAAGCACUCAACCUGUCAUCUCUGAAAAAGAACUUUCAGGACAACAAGGUUGAUCCUACAGACGUGCUGUCUUUGACUGAGGAGGACUUUAGAAGUCUUGUCGUGCAGACAAUUGGGGAAAGAGCACGAUUAAGACAGAGGUGCAAGAAUUUAGUUUCCGAGUCUAUGUCAGAAUCACCAGUUGUUCAACGUCUCCGGAUGUUUCAGUCUCAACGUAGACAACGGGUGAGUUGGAGAGGUCCAAACUCUGCUGCAUCACGAUCGACAACCAGGCGACUACAUAUCGGUUGGAAACAUAAAUCUCGAAGCACGUACAUCCCGGUGAUGGAUAUUGAUGAGAGUACGUCAGAUGAUGGAGAUGAGCUCCCUUCAAUGGAUAGUGGGACACCAACCAUUGUCUUUAAUGAAAGGCAUGGCCCUGUAAUGCCUUACAAAGCAAAACUUAUCAGACUGUUGGAGUGAUGAAGGCAUAUUCCCUUGUUCACGGGGGGCCACAACCGUCCUUUCUCAGCCCACUCCUUCAUGACGUCAUCGUCGGAGGUAUAGACUCGGCGGCUCCUACUAUUGACCACAUUUUCAAUCCUGAGUACAAGGAACAUAUAACUAAGGUAAAGUAUUUUUUCCGUUCUCGUUCAUGUGCUUGCAAAAUAAACAUACAAUAUCAGUAUUUGUAUAACCAUAAAUAUGUCUGGUUACAGAGAACAAUAUCCAGGACAUUUGUUAUUGAACGUGCCUGUUUCGCAAACACACCGACAGUCCUAUAGGAUUCUAAAAUCUUUUCAGCUGUGCCAAGCAGAGGACACGUCAACAGUGCCAGAAGCUGGGGAGUUGAUCCUCGUUGCAGGAUGUGGCGCAAUGAUGUACAGGGCAGAUCGGAAGGACGAGAUGAUUACAGCUCUCAUUCCCUUCCUGGUUCUGGGUCGUGUGUCACAUUGCAUUGACCAAUUCUGCCAUGGACUCGAAACCCUGGGUGUGCUCGAGGCAGUGAGGCAAAACAGGCACAGCAUGAAGGAGCUGUUUGUUCAUGAGGACCACAGCAUAGAUUCCUCGACUUUUGAACUCAUCUAUACACCAGUGUUUAGCGAGGAGGGUAGUAAUACACACAGGCUUGAGAAAUUGGUGCACUCCAACUGGAGAGACGUCCUGCUGGAUAUUGAAGGUAUUUGCAAGUCUCUUUAGGCAACAUAGUGGUUAAUGAAUAAGGUUUUUUUAUGGAUAUACCACUUCUUUAUUCUGAACAGGUGACGUUUUGACAUAGAUUCUACUGUCGUUGCAAGGCAAGUGGUUCCAUGAGAAGUAUUUUUGGGUGAUAUAUAUAUAUAUAUAUAUAUAUGUGUGCGUGUGUGUAUAUGACAUGUUUGGGCAAUAGAUGAGGGUGAGGCAAACAUGAGUUCUGUCGAAACGUCGCCUAUACAGAAUAAACAAGUUGUAUAUCCAUAAAAAUAGUCCUCAUUCUUCAUCUACUCAACUUCUAGAAUGACAAUCAAAGAAAACAUUGUGGUCAGUCUUGUUAUUGCAUGUAUACUUGAUAUUAUAUGGGUCUUAACAUGAUAAACAACUGCGAUUUCUUUUACCUGUAAGGAACUAUCAUGCUUUCGCCUAAGAAUCAAUGUGUUGAUAUAACGUCAUAACUGAAACCAGACAUUGAUACUUUUGAAUUCGCGAGUUAUAGGUUUGUACAACUUCACUAUUUCCAGAGGGUGUGGAAGAUACGUCUCUGAAGGAUGUGCUGAUAUUUUCAACUGGUGCCGAUAGAGUUCCGCCACUUGGUCUCCGACCGCAGCCAACACUAACGUUUCACCAGUGUGACCCACUUUCAGCAGAGGCAAAAGAGAACUUUCCGUUCGCCAACACAUGUUCAAACACAUUAUCUUUGCCGUUAAUUGCGUGUUAUGAUAUGUUCAAAAGGAACAUGGCUGCAGCUGUAAAAGUCCACCUAUUUACUACAGAGUAAAGAUGUAGUUGUACGGCUCCAUAGCUAUUACACGACCUGUAGGGGGAAUUAAGACCCUUUGAUCAUGUAAUACAUUGUACAAGCUGCAUAAAUAUACGUGUAUUAAAAUACACUCUAAUCUUGAAAUAGGAUAAUCAUUUACCUAACACAGGAAAACAAGAAUUUACCAUUAUUAUGUUAGCAUCACAUUAACCUUCUUAUGACACUUAUGUUUGGACUACGUAAAUACUCUUUCUAUGUAUUGCAUGGAUACAUGCAGGCAUGGCUUUGUUCAGAAUAUCACUUGGAUAAUGAGACAAAUGUGUCCUUAUGAGCUCAUUUAGCAACUUCAGUUAUUAUUCUCUUUUAGUUUGUCAACACCUGUGAUUCAGAACCUCUGGAAUGAUGUACACAUACAUUACUUUUAACAAUUGAGAAAUAGUAGAACUUGAUAUCAUUUUAUACAGUUCCGUCAUAUGAGUAAGACAUUCAGAAACGUAAUUGGUGUAGAGAGUAUUUUUACACACGACAGGCUCAUUACGUUUUUAUUUAAACAAUGUAUAUUUCGAAUGUGCAUACUACGAAGGUAACAGUUUUGAAGAUGACAAAUGGCCUACAUUUAUAAUCUCUUUUGAAUUUUAGUUUACAGUGAAUAGUAUUUUACACAAGACAGUGCUUGCGUGAGACAUGAUUUAUAAUUGAAAAGUUGAUUACGGUUUUGUUUCAACCAUUAUUUUCAGUAUGUUUGUGCAUGUUAUUCGUAUGGAAUAAUUAUUAGUUCGGGUCAAACCCUCUGUUUGUAAUCCUAACAAUAAUUCGGCGCCUACAUGAGAGUCAUAUAAAAGGGGGUCAUUAAUGAAAGUGACAAGAUGCUUCAGAUGAAGAGGUUUGAACUGUUUGAAAAAUGUGACUCCAUGUCUCCUAACAUUCUUUAAUAGAGUCAUACAGUAGAGUCC